AUGCCCUUCAUCUUUCUCAGAAAGUUUACGCUGCUCAUUGCCUAUCCUCGCACGUACGCAGAGGGAGUUGAGGCGCUACAAUGCUACCUACAAAGUUGCUUUGAAAACAACAUCGCGCUUUCACAUGAUGAUGCGCAACUCUUCGCAGACUUCUUGCAAGACUACGUCCGAUGUGCGCGCCGCUCUCUGGUAUCAAUUUCCAGACCUAGGACCAUCCCACCGCCUGGGCCAUCAGCUUUAGCACGCCUGCUCCUCAUCGAUUUCAAAAAGGAUGACCUGAUAGUUUCUUGCAUCAAGGCCCUUGAGGUUUCUUUUGACCUCUCAAGGCUUGCACGACGUCGCACCCGGGCAUAUAUUUUGGUCAUGGUUCUAAUUUCAACAUUCCUUCUGGCUGUAUCAGAGGCGGUUGAGAGGUCUGAAGGUCAGCACUACAUCCUGCAAUCUUUCAAUUUUCUCCAACGAGCAACCCGUGAAGCUCGGCAAGCCGGUAUCUCGCGUACAGACGCAAUCUAUGCAGUCAUUCAUUCUCAAGUUGGAUCGCUUUUCGGCUCCCUGUAG